AUGACCGGCUCCGCCACCGACUCUCACCGCUGCCCUCACCCCAAAGGCGCCAAAGGCACCCGGUCCCGGAGCAGCCACGCGCGGCCGGUGAGCCUCGCCACGAGCGGGGGCUCGGAGGAGGAGGACAAAGACGGCGGGGUGCUGUUUCACGUGAACAAGAGCGGCUUCCCCAUCGACAGCCACACCUGGGAGCGCAUGUGGAUGCACGUGGCCAAGGUGCACCCCAAGGGUGGCGAGAUGGUGGGCGCCAUCCGGAACGCUGCCUUCUUGGCAAAGCCUUCCAUACCCCAAGUCCCAAACUACAGGGUGUCGAUGACCAUCCCAGACUGGCUCCAGGCGAUCCAGAAUUACAUGAAGACGCUACAAUACAAUCACACAGGGACCCAGUUCUUUGAAAUUAGGAAAAUGAGACCGCUGAGUGGGCUAAUGGAAACAGCAAAAGAGAUGACCCGAGAGUCCUUGCCUAUCAAAUGCCUGGAGGCUGUCAUCCUGGGCAUAUACUUAACCAAUGGGCAGCCUUCCAUUGAGCGAUUCCCCAUCAGCUUUAAAACCUGCUUCUCAGGAAACUGCUUUCACCAUGUCGUGCUGGGGAUUUACUGCAAUGGCCGGUACGGCUCGCUGGGCAUGAGCCGAAGGGCAGAGCUGAUGGACAAGCCACUGACCUUUCGGACUCUGAGUGACCUCAUCUUUGACUUUGAAGACUCCUAUAAGAAAUACCUGCACACGGUCAAGAAGGUCAAGAUCGGGCUGUAUGUCCCCCAUGAGCCCCACAGCUUCCAGCCCAUUGAGUGGAAGCAGCUGGUCCUCAAUGUGUCCAAGAUGUUGAGGGCUGACAUAAGGAAGGAGCUGGAAAAAUUUGCCAGAGACAUGAGAAUGAAGAUCUUGAAACCUGCAAGUGCCCACUCUCCAACACAAGUGAGAAGCCGGGGGAAAUCCUUGUCACCCCGAAGGAGACAAGCCAGCCCCCCGAGGAGGCUCGGCAGGCGAGACAAGUCGCCCGCACUGCCUGAGAAGAAGGUGGCCGACCUCAGCCCUCUGAAUGAGGUGGGUUAUCAGAUCCGCAUUUAGCCCAGCCCUGCCGGCCAGUCUGAGCGUCCCGUGGUGCUUCCCUUGCACUCUGCCCAGCGUCUUCAGCUGGGACUGCAACUGUUCAUGAAGAAUUCACACAUUUUCUUUGUAAGGACUGACCUGGAAAUCAAACCUGAGUGAGUGGCAACAGUUAACUGUGUGUGAACAGUUCACCAAGAGGCAACUGUGAAAAGACUGCAGUCCUCAACCUGGCUGCUGUUGGAACCGUCCGCCCUCACUCAAGACCUCAAGGAUGACAACCAUGACUGUAGUCUUCUAUUUUUCCAUUUCCCUACUUUGUGUAAUUUGCUUUGGAUGUGACGCCAUGCCAGUAGUCUGACAUUAGUCUGCCAAGUCUUCUCUCCCAUUUUUGGUACAAGUAAGGUCACUCAAAUCAGUAUUACUGUCUUUUUCAGCAAUAACAGAAGUAAAGCUAGGUGGGUUUUUUUUUUUUUUAAAGCAGUUGCUAUUACCUCAGUAUUUUAACAUUGAAUAUG